UUCAAAACAUCGGACAGAACAGAUCAGAUGUGCGGGCCAAAAAUAAAAAUAGAAUCAGUCGCCAUUGCGUUCCACCGGCUUUCACUAACCCACUGAGUAUAACCUAAAAAUUUAGUGCAUUGGUGUUAUUUUAACUUAUCCUUGUCUAUAUAGUAAUAAGUGCUGAAAGAAGCAGUAAAUUCAAAUAGUAACAUGGACGGGGUAGACGAAGGAUUCUUUAAAAAAUUUCAUGAGAGCAUCAGCAACGCUCUGGACGACGUGACAAAAAAUAAUUUCGCAAAUUUCGAAACAAACCCAAAACGCGUAUCCUAUUUAUGUAGCUUGCCCGUUGUAAAAUCUUUCAACCUUGCAGCUGAAGUGGAAAAGUGUAAGAAUGGCGGAGUGUUCCCCGUAAAAAAGGAUUUAGAGAAAGCACGACAACUGAAAAAUGAAGGCAAUAAAGCUGUACAAAAAGGCGAUUGGGUUAAGGCCAUGAGUUUGUACAGUGUUAGCAUGUUGUAUAUGCCACAAAAGGAAACCGAAGAAUUGUCCAUUCUGUUCGCAAACCGAUCGGCGGCACUCAAUCAUUUGGAACGAUAUGAAGAGUCCUUAGAUGACAUUAAGCGGUGUCUGGCUUUGGGCUAUCCACGGCAUCUACGGUACAAAGUGUACGAGCGAAGGGCUAGGUGCUUACUCGUUCUUAAAAGAAACCAAGAGAGCAUUAAGGCUUUCCAAGACACUAUUCUAGCUCUUGAUGAAGCUAACACACUAGACAAAGAAAAGCGAUCAAAGCUGAGAACUGAUGCGAAACUUAUGCUAGAAGUACUGAAUAAGGGUCUAGUCUUAGCUGGUAAUCCCAAAGACCCUGAGCCGCUUAAUAAAACGCCACCUAAACCAAAGCUUCCCGGAAAACACAAUUCUAACUAUCCUGCUGCAUCUGACGCUAUCCACAUAGACUUUGAUGAAGUAAGGGGAAGAUAUGCGACAGCAGCAAGAGACAUUCAAGCUGGAGAAACUAUUUUGGUCGAAAAACCACACAGCGGUGUUCUCUUGGGAGAAUAUUCUGCAACUCAUUGCCAAAACUGUUUUAUUAAAUGUCCUAUACCUUUGGCUUGCCCAACGUGUUCAAAUGUCGUCUUCUGUAGCGAUAAGUGUAAAGAAACAGCAUUGAAAUCGUAUCACAGUUACGAGUGUCCCAUAUUACCACUGCUAUGGAAGUCUGGUUGUUCAGUGACUUGUCAUAUAGCUCUGCGCAUGAUAACUCAAAACAAGAAAGAAUAUUUCCAAGAAAUAAGUAAAAACUUAGAUGCGCCACCUUCGCUACCAUAUAAAACCAACGAUUACAAAAAUAUCCUUAAAUUAGUUUCCCAUGAAGAUAAACGGACAAAACAAGAUUUCUUACACAGAAGUCAGAUGGCGGUAUUCCUGGUUAAGUUGCUCGAAUUAAGCGGAUACUUUGAUAAUAAACCCAGAGAUAAACCCAUUGAAAUUGAUGAAAUAAAAACGAUGGAAGUAUCAAACAAGCACUUAGAAGACGUUGAAUUAUUUGGUGGAUUAUUAUUGCAAAACCUUCAAGUACUGCAAUUUAAUGCUCAUGAAGUGUUUGAGUUACAAUGCCCGAAGCCAAGGCUUGAACAAAAUAUAAUAAAACACAAUGGAAAUUCGGUCUUCCUUGCUGGCGCAGUGUUUCCUACGCUCGCUCUAUUUAAUCACUCCUGUGACCCUGGUGUUGUGAGAUACUUUUGCGGCCCAUACAUCGUCGUUCGAGCGGUGAAAAAUAUUAAAAAGGGAGAAGAAGUAGCCGAGAACUACGGGCCUAUAUUCACCACAAUGCCCAAAGACAAGAGGCAAGCACAACUAAAGGAUCAGUACUGGUUCGACUGCAAGUGCCUUCCCUGUGAACAAAACUGGCCACUUUAUGAAAAGAUGACUGAAAACUAUAUGAGAUUCAAGUGCGAUUCAGACCAGCCGUGUUCCAACGUAAUACCGGUGCCGCACGACUGCACUGAGUUCAUGGUCAAGUGCGGUCUGUGCCAACAGUUUACGAACAUUCUGAAGGGGCUGAAAUCACUGCAGGAUACAGAGGUGAUGUACAAGCUUGGCCGAGCUGCAAUGGAAGAGGGAAAAUACGGGCAAGCAAUGAAAAAAUUGGUAGAAGUGUUGAAACUGUAUGACGCUACAUUAGCACCCCCCUAUCAGUCUUAUUAUGAUUGUGUCCAAGAUCUACGACGCUGCAUGUUGUCACUUGGCAACUAUAGUAUUGUAUAAUAAGAACAUUCUUAACAAAUCUUUGUUUUUUUAUAAUAAAUUGAUGAUUUAAGAGUUA